CCGGAUUGUGUAAUCGGUUGUGCAAUCGCGCCGGCCGCCGGCAGAGCUGACUUGAUCACAGACGGGCACAGGAGAGGUGGAAGGUCCCAGCCCACCAUGGAUCUCCUGGGAGCCGUCGCCCUGUUCCUGGUCAUCUGCCUGUCCUACCUUCUGCUCCUCUCCACCUGGCGGCAAAUGCAGGGCCGGGGGCAAAUGCCCCCGGGGCCCACCCCGCUGCCCCUCCUCGGGAACCUGCUGCAGGUGGAGCUCCGCGACAUGCGCAAGUCGCUGAUGAAGAUCAGCGAGCGCUACGGCCCCGUCUACACCCUCCACCUGGGCCCCCGGCGGGUGGUGGUGCUGUGCGGCUACCAGGCGGUGAAGGAGGCCCUGCUGGACCAGGCCGAGGACUUCAGCGGGCGCGGGGAACAAGCCACCUUCAGCUGGCUCUUCGAGGGCUACGGAGUGAUCUUCGCCAACGGGGAGCGGGCGAAGCAGCUGCGCCGGUUCUCCAUCACCACACUGAGGAACUUCGGGGUGGGGAAGCGAGGCAUCGAGGAGCGGAUCCUGGAGGAGGCUCAUUUCCUGCUGGAAGCCUUGCGGGGCACGAAAGGUUUGCCCUUCGACCCCACCUACUUCCUGAGCCGCACGGUGUCCAACGUCAUUAGCUCCGUGGUCUUCGGGGACCGGUUCGACUACGAGGACAAGGAGUUUAUCUCCCUGCUCUCCAUGAUGAUGGACAGUUUCCACUUCACCGCCACGGCCUGGGGGCAGCUCUACGAGAUGUUCUCGUGCACCAUGCGCUACCUGCCCGGCCCCCAGCGCGCAGCGUUCAAGCAGCUGGAGGGGCUGGAGAAGUUCAUCGAGAGGAAGGUGAAGGCGAACCAGGAGACCCUGGACCCCAACUCCCCUCGGGAUUUCAUCGACUGCUUCCUGGUCAAAAUGCAGCAGGAAAAGGAAAAUCCUUCCUCUGAGUUCUUCCUGAAGAACAUUGUUCUGACGGCGCUCAACGUCUUCUUCGCCGGGACGGAGACCGUCAGCACCACCCUGCGCUACGGCUUCCUGCUCCUGCUGAAAUACCCGGAGAUCGAAGAAAAGAUCCACGAGGAGAUCGACCGGGUGAUCGGGCGGAACCGCGCCCCGAGCAUGGAGGACCGGAGCCGGAUGCCCUACACGGACGCCGUCAUCCACGAGUUCCAGAGGUUCUGCGACGUCAUCCCCAUGGGCGUAGCACGCCGGGUGAUCAGGGACACCCAGUUCCGGGGAUACACUAUUCCCAAGGGGACGGAGGUGUACCCGAUGCUGGGAUCCGUGCUGUAUGACCCCACGCAGUUCAGCAGCCCCGACACCUUCGACCCCAGCCAUUUCUUGGAUGGGAACGGCCAGUUUAAGAAGAGCGACGCCUUCGUGCCCUUCUCAAUAGGGAAGAGGUAUUGUUUCGGGGAGAUGCUGGCACGCAUGGAACUCUUCAUCUUCCUCACCAGCAUCCUGCAGAACUUCCGCUUCCGCUCCCCCGUGGAGCCCAAAGACAUCGACAUCUCCCCGAAGCUGGUCGGGUUCGCCACCGUGCCCCGCAGCUACGAGAUGUGCCUGGUCCCGCGCUAGCAGCCCCGCGGAGCCAGACGGGAUUUCUGGGGGCAGCCUUGGGGAGGGAGAAACACAAAGGAACCAGACCCUUUAUUAGGUGGAGACCUGGCCCUGUCAGAAAAAGGAGCCAAUGGGGGGAUCUGGCUGUGUGAAAGUGCCACAUAGGGCUAGCUGAUAGCUUGUAUCUCCCCGCUGCGCAAGGGAAUCCCGGCUCCCCGACACCUUUACAUCCCCCCCACCUCCCGUGCUUGGCCCUGGCCGCUCCAAAGGUGUCUUGCUAGGCCUCGUAGCUAGUCCGUGAGCCAGAGCAGCGCGGUGCUUCGGGAUCCCGCGGAAUAGCUGUUUGCUGCUCGCACGAGGCCAGCACUCUGCUCUCUUGAUGGAGUCAGCCGGAUGCAAACCGCAACCGACCAGGAGAUACUGAAUAAACAGCAGAGCCCUGCCGUUGCAGCGAGAAAUCGGUCACAUUUCGGUUUGGAAAUGUUCCAAAGAUCAGCCUUUGCCCGGAGCCGCGCUAGUGAGAACCGAAGGGGGCAGCAGGCUGGGGCAGGCGGGUUAUGGGAACCAGACGGCUCCGAGCUCACGGCUGCAGGGCCGGUUUCACGGUUUUGGUCUCUGAGCCACGCUGUUCAGUUAACUCCUGCGCUAACACCCAUGGAAGCUGGCUUAGCUGUCGUCUGAUUAGCUAAUAAAUUGGAGUGGGUCAGACCCCAGUAAUUAU